UAUUAGGGAAAAGGGGAUAUUAAGCAAUGGAAACUAAACAUUCAUAUAUUUGCAUUAAAACGAAACCAUCUAAAUGAGCUAAAUUAUACUGUGUCAUUUUGACCGGACAGUACAGACAAUGCAUGUAUGAUAUUACAUUAUUUUUAAACGCCUUUGCAUCGUUCUCUGAGGGCGAAGAUGGCUGUGUUAUCGUAAGGGGAAGCAUGAGGCAGGCUGGGCUGAUGACAGCAUCCUCCACCGCUCAGUGGCUCCACACCUGACCGACUCCAUCAGAUGCACAGAUGAUGGAGCUCUCUGCGCUGCCGGCUCAUCAUCCCGUUGCCACCAUUUCGCAUGUCCACCGCCCGGCACAUGUUCUGCACAGGCCGCUCUAAUUUCACCCCCAUUGUUUGUUUUUGCCGGGGAUUUUUGUGUGUUUUGCUGCUUUUUUUCUUCUUCACGGUCGUCCGUCGGACGCUGCGUGUCCCGUUUAUUGUGCUGGGGGGUGGGUGGUGUGUGUGGGGGGGGGGGUUCGGAUCGAGGUGGUCUUUGUUUCCCUCUUCCCUCCCGCGGAAGCCAACAGGAGCGGACGGACGCAGCGACGCUGGUAAACACCAGCGAUGGGUGCCAUCGAUCCGAGGACGCCAGCCGCAGAUUCUCCUUCUUCUUACGGCAACGCGCCUGUGGCACACCGAGCAGGCUUCAGUCAAGCAAACAAAUGAUCCAAUCAAUAGCCUUUGGACAUCAAUAACCCGCUAAUACACCUGACACACGCACGCACACGCCAUGGCGCUGGAGAACUCGGUAAUCGCCGCACGCCCGGACUCCCUCUCGCUCCCCGUGGAGGAGAAGGGGGACGCGGAGGGGGAAGAGGUGGAGGCCUCCGCCGAGGCCGGAGCCUUCGACCUGUCGGAGGAGCCGGGCCCCGUCGUCGCCUCCGCCGACCCGGCGCAGCCGCCCCCGCCCUUGGCCAAGGUCAGAAAGUCCUUCCAGAACAAGCUGCUGGAGCGAGAGGCCAAAGCCAACGAGCCCAGGAAGAAGACCCAGGGGACGGAGAAGGAGAGGGGGAGAUUCGGCUGGGGUCGGACGCGGCGCAAGCGCCAGCGCUACGUGGAGAAGAACGGUCGCUGCAACGUGUCGCACGGUAACAUGCGGGAGACCUACCGCUACCUGACCGACAUCUUCACCACGCUGGUGGACCUCAACUGGCGCUGCUCGCUCUUCGUCUUCGUCAUGGCCUACGCCGUCACGUGGCUCUUCUUCGGGGCCAUCUGGUACCUCAUAGCGUACUGCAGGGGGGAUCUGGACCAUCUGGGGGAUGAGACGUGGACGCCGUGCGUCAACAAUGUCAACGGCUUCAUCUCGGCCUUCCUCUUCUCCAUCGAGACGGAGACGACCAUUGGCUACGGCCACCGCGUCAUCACCGACCAGUGCCCAGUGGGCACCAUGCUGCUGCUGCUGCAGGCCAUACUGGGCUCCAUGGUCAACGCCUUCAUGGUCGGCUGCAUGUUUGUGAAGAUCUCGCAGCCCAACAAACGGGCGGAGACGCUGGUGUUCUCCAAACACGCCGUCAUCUCGCUGAGGGACGACAAGCUCUGCCUGAUGUUCAGGGUGGGCGACCUGCGCAGCUCGCACAUCGUGGGGGCCAACAUGAGGGCCAAGCUCAUCAAGUCCAAACAGACGCAGGAGGGCGAGUUCAUCCCUCUGGACCAGACGGACAUCAGCGUGGGCUUUGAGACGGGCGACGAUCGUCUCUUCCUGGUCUCCCCGCUGGUGAUCUCCCACGAGAUCGACCUGCACUCCCCCUUCUGGGACAUGUCGCAGUCCCAGCUGGGGAAGGAGGACUUUGAGAUCGUGGUGAUCCUGGAGGGAAUGGUGGAGGCCACCGGGAUGACGUGCCAGGCGAGGAGCUCCUAUCUAGCCGAGGAGGUCAUGUGGGGUCACAGGUUCAGCCCGAUGAUGCUGCUGGCAGAGGGCUUCUUCGACAUCGACUACGGAGCCUUUCAUCACACGUUUGAGGUGGACACGCCCCCCUGCUCGGCGCGGGAGCUCUCGUUGGCUGCAGCCCGGCUGGACGCUCACCUCUACUGGUCCAUCUCCAGCAGGCUGGACGAGGAGCCCACCCUGGCCAACCAGGCGGCCGAGCCGCCGGACAGCGGCUCGGCUGACGGCAGAGGAGGGGAGCCCAUCUUCAUCGUGGGCGAGAUGACGGACAUCCAGGAGCAGACGGGACUGGGCGAGCUGAACGGCUGCGUGGCCACCGACCAGUCGGAAUCAGAGGCCUAGGGCGGACAAUGUUUACAGACCUUCAGUUACUCACCACAAGUUGUGUUUGCAAAGGUUUUCUUUUAAGGUUUCAUUAGGUCCAGCUCUACGGAAUGUUCCAUAUCUUCUGUUACCAUACGGCAGCGUCUAUUUCUUGAUAUUUUGUCUAUUAUUUCUGUUGAUCUUAGUUACAAGUGUGCCACGUGUGUGCUAUCUUUCUUUCUAGGGGGGGUUCUUCAAUCUGUGUUGUUAGCUCCAAUCACCUUUGCCUAUAUUUACAUUUAAAUGAGAAAACUAUGCUUUAGUUGGAGUCAACAAUAGUUUAUCCUGUGGACCACGGCGGAAUGUCCAGAGAAGAUGACACGGUGGUUCUUUGUGCAGAGGAUUGUUCACAUUUAAAAUAAGUGCCGUGCAUAGAUGCUUUAUCUUCACCUGCGCAUGAAUAUCACUAGAUGAUAUCAAAGUAUAGAUGGGAUUGUUGUAACUUCAAAUUCCUUCAGUUAUGAGGUUUAUUGUACAUGAAUCAGGUGUUAAUAAUAGGGGGUGAAGUAACAUCCCACAUCUGCUGGUAUAUCUGUAGAAAAACUUCAUUUGGCAUCAAACCAUCAAGUGGUGUGAGAAACAAUAAAUCUAUAUUCGGCUGAUAAAAGAUUAUAAAGUAGCCAGAGCCGGUUUCCUGCCCUGGGUGGAAACAGUUUGUUAUCUUGUUUACGAGCAGAGUGUGUAGUUUGUUUUGAAGUGGGGUUGUAAGAAGGACUUAGUAAUAGUCAGCGUACUUCCUACAGUAGGUAACAGACCCGAGUACCAGCGCGGGAGCAAAGCAAUGUACUUCUGUGGACGCCAGGAGAAAGUCUUUUAAACAUCAGUUUAAGUGUCGUCCAUAUUUGGAAUGUUUUCACGGCUGAUUAUCUAUUCCCUCUUCAAAGCCACAAGAAUCCUCUGACAAAAGAAUCAUAAGUAAACCCUUUAAAACAGUCACACGAUUAGACAAACUAAGCUCAAACUCGGCAUUCUGCAAGAUAAAAGUGCUGUUUUUGUGGCUUUGAAGAGAGAAAAGGUAACUCCUUAAUUUCUCGUCAUAAAGGGUCGUCUGGGGGAAAUAUUAUUAAUGUAAGUUAAUACAUUUCAUUAUUUAUAAGGUGUCUUUCAGCUGCUCCUGUGCACUACUCCUCAAACUACACUGACUGUGUAUAAGUACCUCACACAGUCCCGCUUCAAAAGGCCUGGACUAAAAUCCUCCUGGAGCACCGGAGAUGAAACCGGUGAGGUAUAUAUAUAUAUUCUAUCUAUAUAUAUAUAUAUAGGCAGGUUUCCCGUGCAGCACAGCAAUUAUCUUAUCUGUCUUCUGUUCCCUGUCGGGUAGAAAUGAAAAUGAAAACUGUCCUGCUCCGUUUAGUCCAAACCUGCUUCUGCUGCUGUUUAGAUACGUGGCCAUUUUUCCUCAAUGUUUUUAACACGUAACACAACACAUCAACUAGAGUUAAUAAACUGCAGUAUAUUACAGAAAGAAACGUGUAUGUGAUACUUUUUACCUCUCUACAUAGUUAUAACAGGGUUAUUCGAAUUUUUGUUAAACUACUCAAUUGUAUAUAAAGACAAAAUUAGCAUGACUCCCACUAGCUGCAUCAUUAAAAUGCAUAAACCUCAUUACUCAGCUGUAAUAAUAAAAAUGUAUAUAAUACAA